CCUAAAGCUCCACGCAAUAAAGGUAAACAAGAAAAGAAAGUCAUCCAUCCAUACAGUAGAAAAGCUGCUCAGUUAGCACGGGAAGGCCAUAAACAGGACAGACAGAAAAGGUUAAAUAAUGAAAAAGCCUUACGAUUAGGUAUAAUUGGUGAGAAACUUCAGUGGUUUCAGAGUCAUCUUGACCCUAACAAAACAGAAUUUACCAAACAGGAAGCUUGUGAACUAAUCGAAAGCUACUUACAUCGGUUCGAUGCUGAGUUAGAACAAAUUGAACUGCACAACAGCAUCAAGGGUAGACAAGCAAGGCAGCAUGGCUCCCGGGAGACUGUCAUUAAACAGACCAUAGAGCGUGAAAGAAGACAGUACAGUGGAUAUGGAACGGAGAUACCAGAUAUUGUGAAUUCAAAACAUCUAAAAACUUUUAGAGAAUGGGAUUUGGAUCUAAAGAAGCUGCCAAAUAUUAAAAUGCGCAAAUUUUCUGUCAGUGAUUCACUUCCUAAAAGUGAGAAAGAUCUUUCAGCCAACGACGAUAAAGAGGAAGAAAACUGGAAAAUGGAGACAAAUCUUUUCUCGAGUCAGACAGCGGAAGCGAGUGAAGUGUGCCGAGAGACUAUUCAAAUAUGA